CGGCGGCGGCAGCGGACACAGGAGCAACAAUGGAUCAGCUCCAGCAAAGAUGUAGCUGGUGUUGGGAAAAGACGUCCCAUGUGAAAUGGAGGUGAUCAAGGGAGCUGAACGCUGACUGCACCGAGAUGGGGCUGCGACUCCUGGCUUGUCUUUUCAAUCUGCACACUGCGGUGAUCUAUGGGUCCCUGUCUCUGUUUGUUUCCAUUCUGCACAACGUAUUCCUCCUGUACUACGUGGACACCUUUGUCUCUAUUUACAAGAUUGAUAAACUAUCCUUUUGGAUAGGAGAGACAGUGUUUCUGAUCUGGAACAGCCUCAAUGACCCUCUGUUUGGCUGGCUGAGUGACCGGGUGUUCCUUAGCACACAGCAGCCAGGAGCAGAAAUUUCUUCCCCAGAAGUAGUUCUGAAGAGACUCAGAGCACUAAGCCACAAUGGGCCCCUCUUUGCCAUCUCUUUCCUGGCUUUCUGGGUGGCCUGGGCUCAUCCCGGUUUGCAGUUUCUUCUUUGCCUCUGCAUGUACGACAGCUUCCUCACCAUGGUUGACCUCCAUCACAACGCCUUGCUCGCAGACCUGGCCGUUUCAGCAAAAGACAGGACUAGCCUCAACUUCUACUGCUCCCUCUUCAGUGCCAUAGGCUCCCUCUCUGUCUUCAUGUCCUAUGCAGUGUGGAACAAAGAGGACUUCUUUUCCUUUCGCAUAUUUUGCGUCGUGCUGGCCCUCUGCUCCAUCGUUGGUUUUACCUUGUCCACGCGGCUGCUCCGCCAGCGUUUUCAGGCCGAUGGGAAAAGCAAGUGGGACCAAGAAUCAACCCUGAAAGAGCUGUACAUUGAGAAACUCUCCGGCCCCCAGGAGAAGAGGAUCACCCUGGCAGAGUACCUCCAGCAGCUCUCCCGGCAUCGCAACUUCCUCUGGUUUGUCUGCAUGAACCUCAUCCAGGUUUUUCACUGCCACUUUAACAGCAACUUCUUCCCUCUGUUCCUGGAACACCUGCUGUCAGACCAGAUCUCUGUCUCUACUGGAUCCUUCCUGCUUGGUGUUUCCUACAUUGCCCCCCAUCUCAACAACCUCUACUUCCUGUCCCUCUGCCGCCGCUAUGGAGUUUACGCCGUGGUGCGAGGACUCUUCUUCCUGAAGCUGGCUCUCAGUGUGGUCAUGCUCCUGGCAGGACCUGAUCAGGUGUAUCUGCUCUGCAUCUUCAUUGCCAGCAACAGGGUAUUCACAGAAGGAACUUGUAAGCUGCUCAACCUGGUCGUGACUGACUUGGUGGAUGAAGAUCUAGUCCUGAAUCGCAGGAAGCAGGCAGCCUCGGCGCUGCUGUUCGGGAUGGUGGCUCUGGUCACCAAACCAGGGCAGACCUUCGCCCCUCUGAUUGGCACCUGGCUGCUCUGCGCCUAUACAGGCUACGACAUUUUCCAGCGCAGCCCCUUGAGCAAUGUGGUGAGUGCUCAGCCGAAGCUGGAGUCUGAUGCGGCCUUGGAGCCAACUCUUCGCCAGGGCUGCUUUUACCUCCUUGUUUUUGUACCCAUCACGUGUGCACUGCUGCAGCUUGUCAGCUGGUCUCAGUUCAGCUUGCACGGGAAGCGUCUGCAGAUGGUGAAGGCCCAGCGCCAAAGCCUGACAGAAGGCCAAGCACCAGAGGUCAAAACGAUCUAGGGAUGCCUGAGCCCCCAGAGUGUUGCUGGUUCCAGGCUGGUGCAGGACAGCAGGCUCAGUGCAGGGAUGGUGGGCUGAAAAACCCUGAUGUUUGUGGUUCAACUGUGAAAUGCUGUAACACAAAUGUUUACUCAUUCCAGGGGGUGGUUGCAGGGGAAGGCACAGAAGUUCAGCAUGUGAAGGACCUGGGAUAGAUGCUUGGCCACGGGAGCAAGAACACAUUACCCUAGCAUGGCCUGGGGAGCAGAGGGCUGCUUAUCCCAGCCGAGAGGUGCUGCUUUGGUGUGUGCUGGAGAGAGCCUCUGCCCUGGGCAUGGCUCUGGGGAACCGCAGCCUCUGUGGCUGAGCAGGAGGGGGCAGCACAGGGAGUCAGAAUCAUAGAAUUGUUAGCGUUGGAAGGGACCUCAAGGAUCAUCUAGUUCCAGCCCCUUGCCGUGGGCAGGACCCUCACACUAGAUCAGUCCUUCCCUGCUAGAGCCCUGCAGCUUUGGGGAGCAGAGUGGGAGGCUCCCAAGGGACCAAGUGACAGGCUCAGUGCAGGGCUGCAUGAGCAGGAAUAAGAGGAGCCUGAAGGCUUUUCUCAGCAGCUAGUACAACCAUUCCCACAUACAGUGCUGAGGUUUUUGGACCAAAUCUACACUUAGGCAUUUCUUGUUCCCAGGACAAUACUCUGCACAGCCAGAAUCUGCUGGCAGUGCUUGUUCUGUGCUGAGGUUCCCUCCUUUGUGGCCUUGCAGAGGGAGUUGUUGCUGGGCUGGAAAAGAUAGUGGGCCUGAACUAGGCUCAAAGCCUUGAGCUGGAACAUUUCUGCUGGCAUCCUGCUGCCUGUCUUCCUUCCUUCUCUCCCCUCCACAGCCCUGUCCAACCAGUACUGUCACACAGCUGUGCAGUGAGCCCCCUCCCAUGCUGGCUGGGGCUGUGGAGAGGUCAAGGUACCAGCCCCUAAUUCAGCUGGUGGAAGUGCCUCCCUGCCCAAGGCUGUCCCAUUUGACCCAGUGAGUCAGUCUGGUGCCAUCCCCUCUUGCAGGGGGUGAGUGCAGCCUGGAGAAGACACCAGCUGUCUCUUUUGUGCCUUUGAUUCAUCUUCAGAGCCUGUCUGACAGUGCUGGGCAGUCACAGGGUUGAGAUUUUACCACUGUGGGUGAGGCAAACACCUCAGCUCCUCCAUACUUGAAAGAGUGCCCCAGGGUUUGAUGAUCUCUGGCUGCUGAGCCAUGGACCUGAGGAGAGCAAGUGGCAUGGUCUCCUUGGUUCUGUCUGGGGACAGGUGGAGUAGGUAGUCAUCAAGGGGAUCCCUCAGCUGAAGGAACAUCUCAAUCCCUGCAAUGUGUUGGGGUGCAGGCAGCUGUGCCAAAGCAGAGCUCUGCCCUGCCUGUGCCUGCAGGAGGGGCAGCACAGGCAGCAUUUGGAGGCUGCUACACACUGAGGGCCAUGCUGUUUGUUCAGUGUCAGGUUCCCUGCAGGGUCCCAGCCCACCAGCCUGCCAUCUUGCCUCAGGACACUUGCCUUCUGUCUUGAACCAAGACAUUCCUGCCACCAAGCUUCUCUAGCAGAUCAGUAAGUUAUCCUAACAAAAUGUGAGAAUGAUUCCUCAUUUCAUAAAUUAAA